UUAAAUGCGUCAAAGUAUAAUGAAUAAAGCGCCACUCUCUCCAUUGGGUUAAAGAUUUCCCACUCUUUCUCGCUGCGGUCGGGGUGGGUGGCUAUGGGCUAUGGCAAUACCAUCGCGAAACAGGGUCAAACACAGGGUGGGAUGCCAUGGCAACCAGGCGCCAGGACACAGGACUCGGGACAGGUGUGUUGGGGGUGUGUUUGAUGUGUUGUUUGGGAUUUGUUUACUUCGUGGCUAGUAGCCCGAGCAGAAAGUGUCAGGAUUUGAAUGAGAAAAUCGCUGAAAUGAGCUCUCGAAGUGUGAUGAUCACGGAUCUGGACCAGAACGACCACGAGGAGGCGGCGGGGGAACGACCGCCCACGCAGCCAAAGAGGAAUCGAAAGCCGCUGCAGACGCUGUCGGGAAACUUUAGUCGCCGCUCGAGAAGCGUGGAGGUGGAGCAGCGCCAGCAGGCAGCACCCGCCCCUAGGAAGGAUCGAAGGGAUCGCACGCUCAACGGAUUGUUGCAGGCCAAGGACCAGCAGCUGGAGCAGCUGGUGCAGCGCCUCUCCACCCUGCACAAGUACAACGAACAGUUUGCCAAGGAGAACGAGCGGUUGCGCAGCGACAGCUCCCAGCUGGAGAGCCGCCUGGCAGAGGUGGAGCAGCAGGUGACCGAUUGCGUCCGUUGCCAGCAGCUCAGCCAGAAGCUGGCCGCAGUUCUCGGGCAGAACAGGUCGCUGGCGAAUGACGUGGACAUGCUAAAGACCCUUGUCUUCCGCCUCAAUGUGCAGAUUGAGAGCUACCAGGAUCAGCGCAGGACAGGCGAGAAGGAGCCCACAUGCUCGGCAGUGGCAGCGGCAGCGGCAGCGUGCACCUCGGACUCCACCGGCUGCCAACCCCUACCCACGCACACCUUGGGCCCGCUACUGCACGCCUACGACGAAUCCAUCCGCGACAAGGACGCUCUCCUGGCGCAGUACAACACGGAAUUUGAGCACUUUACGGGCGAACUGAAGCGCGCCCUGGAGGAUAACACAAAGCUGCUGCAGUCCCAGGAACAACUGCGUCGCGACUUGGGCGGCUGGCGCGAGGAGCGUGUCUGCCUGCAGGCCCAGCUGGGCGUUUGUCGCUCAAAGGCCGAGGCGCAGACCCGCAAAACCGAUCUGGCCAAGGAGAAGCUGGUGGAGGUUAUGCACUGCUACGAACAGCGGAUGCAGACGCUCCUCCUGGACAUGGACCACCUGCAGGCGGCCUACGCACGCACCAAAUCGGAGCUGGCAGCUCACAGAAGCGCCGCCGCUCCCAAUGCUACAAACGCAGCCAACACUGCGGCAGCAGCAGCGGCUCCGCCGGAAGCGGAGGCAGUGAAUCAAUGCAAGACUCUGCUGGAGGAACUGAAGCAGGAGCACGUCAGAGAGCGCACUGCUUUGCAGGAUCAGCUGAAGGCGAGCUCCAUGCGAGCCGCCGCCCUCGUUCGCAGCACGGAGAAGGCCAAACACUCCCGGGACCGACUGAAGGCUCGCCUGCGCAUGGCCCUGCAGUGGGCGCAGAAGCUGGAGGCGGGCCAGGCUGAGAUGCGGGACACCUACGAUGCAGUGCGACGCCUGGAGGUGCUCGUCAAGCAUAAGGAGUCGCAGCUGCGAGGCCUGCACGCCCGCAACAUCGAGGAGCUGGACAAGCUGCGGCGCAAGCUCGAGCACAAGGACGAGACUAUCCGCACCCUGUUGCGCGGCAAGCUGGAGCGACGUCCUGCCGUUGACUAGACAUGCGUCCAGCUCUGGACAUGGUUAACAAUUAAAAAUAUAUAAUUUCAAUACAAAAUA